GUUGUUUUUGAUACGGAGUGUAAACGAAUGUCACGUUUGACGUAAGCUUGUUGGACGCAAACGACCAUAUAAACUUUAGAGGCACGUUGGAAGCCUUCCCCAAACUAGCGAAACACGUUGUUGAUCAGCGUGCAAUUUUUCUGAAGAUAUUUUGAAGCAAAAGUUCUUUACUUGGCCCAACACAUUUGACCUUGCAUUAUGUUCUACAGAAGCAUUUGCUGGUUCACCUGCAUUUUUGUGGCAGUGGUCAUAGCUUCUGACUACAAUGAUACAGAUGUCAUUACAGGAUUUGAUUCGGCAGUCACAGUCAAUCAUUUAAGAACCAGUAGUACAGAGCUGCCUACGACAGAACGAGACCUGGCCCACCAGCAGCCCAGCGUCACACCCCAGACGCCAGUGGCCGCAGAGCACAGCCCGUCAGGCGUGAAGUAUGUCUGCGGGCAGCAGGUGGUCGGACAGCUGUCGGUGGAGAACGCUGCGGCAGCGGCUGUGCUCGCGCUGAGGCACUCUUGCUCCGACCUCAAGCAGGCCGCCGUAGCGUUCAUCAAGGCCCACACCCACCAGGUGGUGACGACGCAGGGCUGGGCAGAUGCUACGGUCAGCCACCCGCACUCUGUUGUAGAACUGACUCGCCUGCUUGCAGAGCCACCCGCAGAAACCAGCACGGCGGCCACUCCAGGGGGCAGACCCACCACUGGCUCUCAGCCCCACGGUGACCGAGGCCGGACUCCUUAUGUGGCUGCACUGCCUACGGCUAACCACCACACUCCUCCACCUGAUGAUGCCACCAUCUCUCACAUGCGGAACUUUUCUAGGCAAGACAAGAACAGGCUGCUGAUAAAGGCAGCUAUGGUGGGGGCAACGGCGGACCUGAGGGCUCUGCUGGCAGCGGGAGCCGACGUGAGAACGAGGGAUGAGGCCUGGCAGGGCUGGACUGCCCUGCACUGGACAGCUGACAGGGGGCAUGUGGAGGCGGCGAGGCUGCUGUUGGAGGCUGGGGCCGAGGUGAGAGCGAGGACCAGGCAGGAGAGCACUGUUCUGCACCUGGCUGCCAGCAGUGGCCACGCAGCUGUGGUGCAGCUGUUUACGAACUCCACGAUGUACUCCGUCAAUCCUAACGCCAGAGAUACCAACUCCCAGACACCGCUGCACUGUGCGGCGUCGUGGGGCCGGGCAGAGGCGGCGUUUGCACUUCUGGUGGCAGGUGCUGACAGGGACGCUACAGAUGCCAGUGACCUUACGCCGCUGGACAUCGCUGUGAAACGGAAUCGGGAGGAGGUGGUGCAGAUGCUGUCACCAAGGUAGCAGUCCUCCAGAUGUGAAGUAAAGGAAUUGUUUUUAAAAUAAAGAAUACCAAAAAGUAA